AACGGGUAUAAAUUAUAAUUAAAUUUAAUGCGGAAGUGUCAUUAUCGUCUUCCCAGAAGAGUUUCAAAAUGGUUAAUGAUGCCAUUAACCAGGAGGAAGCCAACCACAGACGGUUUGCUGUUGCGAUUUAAAUAGUUUUUAAUUGAUAACUAAUUGCAGCGAGACGAGUGCCAAAACUAGACAGUGGUCGACAUGGCUGUGACGUUUUCAAUGCUGCAACAUCAACAUGGUAACAUUGCAACUCUUUAGACAGUUAAUUGGCAGCAACACCGACAGCGAUAUUAGCAGCAGCAGCAGCAGCAGCAACAGCUUUUCACCAGGAAAUCAAUAACAGUUUAGCCAAAACAAAAUAAUAAAAUGAAACCGGGGUAAAAGCAUUUCUCUAUUUCGGAAGUAGCUAAAAAUGUCAGCACAACUUCUAAAACAAAACAAAUGCAAAUAUGGCCCAGUUUUAGUUUGUUCUAAUUUUGCUAAGCGGCAAACAUUGCUAGUCGGGAAAUACCGAGCAAAACACCUGAGAGUUUUACUGCCAAUUUGAAAGUUUGACUAUAAAAGGGGGAUCUAGAUUAAUUUCUGUACUUAGAAGUCCAACGGCAAUUCAAACAUGAAGGUGUUUUAUCAAACUAUUCUGGGACUGGCGCUUAUUUUUGCCAUACUAAGUUCCUCUUUGACUUACGCCACACCAUUAGAUGACAAUAAAUCGGAUGAGUCUCUCCUAAGCGAAAAUUCGGAAUCGGAUGAAUCUGUGCCCAAUGAAAUUCAACAGGAUUAUCUCAAUGUGGCCAACUACGUUACCCCGACUCCUCCAUGGUGGUGGAACUAGAAACGGAUUUACAAUUUUUUUACGUUUUGUUAAAUUAUAGUUCCUUAAUUUGGAAUAUAUAUUCUUUUAAUUAAUAAAGUUAUUAUUCAAUCAUA